AUGUUAGGUUACGAGCAUCAAGAUGCUGCCACAGCGCUUGGCUAUGCUCUUCUCCUAGCUCUACCGAUCUGGUAUUUGACUACCUAUCUGUCUUCUCCUCUGCGCCAUUUUCCCGGCCCGUUUCUUGCAGGUUGGACAUGUCUAUGGCGGAUGUUUCACGUUCGACAGGGCAAUUACCACGUGGUCAUUGAGAAAUUGCAUCAAAAGUACGGGCCGGUGGUGCGCCUUGGCCCUAACUUGAUCGACUUGGACUUUCCCGAGUUGAUCAAAACGAUCUACAACACCAAGGGAAACUAUUUGAAGACUGAGUUUUAUCAUGGCAGCAGCGCUAAAGGCCCCGACGGCAAAAUCAUCUAUAAUCUCUUCAGCGAGUGCAACCCCGCAAUCCAUGCACAGCAAAAGCGCCCUAUCUCGAAAUACUACUCCAUGAAUGGAGUACUUCCAUUGGAGGGCCAUAUCACUGAUAUGAUUGAGUAUUUCUGCCAACGUCUAGAGGAGCAAUUCAUCGACGGAUCCAACCCGACAAAAGUAUGCGACUUGGGUAAAUGGGUCAAUUUCUAUACCUGGGACGUGGUUGGCAAGGCUACUUUCAGCCAGGCCAUUGGAUACCUCGAGAAAGGCUAUGACUUUGACGGCACCCUGAGCACGGCAGAAACAGCUAUGGACUACUUUUCGAUUGUGGGACAAAUGCCAAUUCUAGACCACUGGCUGGACAAGAACCCCAUUUACCGAAUUGGACCCCCAGCCUUUGGAGGUAUCACCAAUAUUUCUAUUCAGCACCUGAUGGACAGAGUUCAGGGUAAAGACACCCACUACCAUGACGCUGCCAAGCCCGACUUCUUGGAUAAAUUCAUCGAGGCCAAGGAGAAUUUCCCGGACGUCGUGGAUGACAUGCAAAUCAUCUCGUAUCUCAUGAUCAACAUGAUUGCAGGAGCCGACACAACAGCCAUCACUAUAAAUGCGAUCAUCUACUUCUGCUUGAAGCAUCCUCGCGUCUGGGAACGUCUCAGAACCGAGAUUUCCAAGAGCCAAACCGACGAAACCAAGGUGGUAUCCUACAAAUCCGCCAGAGAGUUCCCAUACCUCGAAGCCGUGGUGCGUGAGGCAAUGCGAUACAAUCCCGGUGUGGCCAUGCCCCUCGAGCGCUACGUCCCAGAGGGCGGUCUCACCCUCCCGAAUGGAGAUUUCGUUCCCGCAGGCUCAAUCGUCGGUUUGAACCCUUAUGUCGUAUCGCGCAACAAGCCUACUUGGGGCGAGGAUGCCGAAGAGUUCCGUCCAGAGAGAUGGCUCCGUGAUGAGGCCCAUGAGACCGAGCAGGAAUUCCAAGAACGUCUGCAAGCAAUGAACAGUGCUGACUUCACCUUCGGCGCUGGAAGUCGAAUGUGUACUGGCAAGCAUUUUGCCACUCUGCAGAUAUACAAGGUGAUUGCGACUCUUGUCUCACGCUACGAUAUCAAGCUGGCUCAUCCGGAGAAAGAGUGGAAGACACACAAUAGUCUUUUUGUGCGCCAGACUGGUAUUGAUGUGCAUCUUGCUCACCGCAUCUGA